GAUAAACAGAUGGAUUCUGGGGUUGAAAUGCUAAAGAAGAGACUCUCUGUUUCCCAAGAAAGUGAAGAAGCUGCACUCUUGAAAGUCAACAUUUUAAUAGAAGAACUAAACUCACUCAAAAAUGAGCUAAAGUUGGCUAUGGAGGCAGAGGAGAAGAGCAAAAAGGCCAUGGAUGAUUUGGCCUUGGCAUUGAAGGAAGUCGCGACCGAGUCAGCCGAAGCCAAGGCCAGGCUCGGUGUGACUCAGUCAGAACUUGACCAAGCGAACGAAGAGAACCAAAAGCUCAAACUGAUGGUUAGGAGCACUGAGGAGAGGUACAAGAAGCUUCUAGAAGACGCGGAGAGAGAAACCGAGACGCAGAGGAACACGGUGGAGAGGUUGCGGGUAGAGGCCGAGGAGUCGAUUUUCGCUUGGAACGGGAAGGAGAUGGGGUUCGUGACGUGCAUCAAGAGAGCCGAGGAAGAGAGGGCGAUUGCCCAACACGAAGCGACGAAGCUAGCCGAGGCCUUAAGGGUGGCUAGGGAAGAGUCCUACAAGUUAAGGGACAUCCUCAAACAAGCGUUGAACGAAGCCAACGUGGCGAAAUCCGCCGCGGAUAUCGCGCGCGCCGAGAACUCCCAGCUGAAAGACCUCUUGUCCGAAAAGGAGGAGUCCGUGCAUUUCCUCUCCCGGGAAAACGAGCGCCUCAGGAUCAACGAGGCCGCGGCGAACGAGAACGUCAAGCAGUUCAAGCUGAUGCUCUCGUACGUCUCCCGGGAGCUGAAAGCCGAGGGAAACGGGGGCCCGCCGCACGAAGAGGACGAGGACGAGGACGACGACGAAGACCAGAUUCAUCUGGAAGUGGUCAACCAGUUAGACGCAAAAAAGUUCAGCUUUGACCUGAGCGAGCUGGACGACGACUCAUCGGGGUCCAGGGUCGAGCACGACGAGGACCCCGAGAAGCUCGAGGCGCUCAAGGGGUCGAUAUUCGACACGCCGUUCUCGCCCAAGUCCGAGCCGCGGACCCCGCAACGGCGUGCCGCGCACCACCGGCGCAAGUCCACCGCGUUCACGGACGCGGAGGGGUCGCCGAGUGCAGAAGAUGCAGGAAACAACAAUGGAGAUUUCUUUCAACACCAUAUCCAAAUGGAUGAUUCUGAUAGCGAGAGAAUUUUGCAUAGAAGGAAAAGGGCAUUGUUUCGUAGAGUUGGUGACCUUUUAUUGAGAAAGAGUUUCAGCAGGAAAGAGCCUUCCCCGCUGCCAUCACCUUCACCGGCGUCGGUCCCACCACACUCCCCACUCCACGACUAGGCCUGUUUAUAGUGACACCAGAGUACGGUGACACUCCAGUGUAACUGUCAUUUUGGGACAUUUUCGGUGCUCCAUUCGUAAAAUUGAUGGUUCUUACCCCCUAAAGCCCCACCCCAUUCCCACCCCAACCCCGCCGUAAGCCCCCCACAGAAUGUGUGGCUAUUAUGCGUUGCAUAAUAGCCACACAUUUUGUGGGGGGCUUACAGCGAGGUUGGGGUGGGGGUAGGGUGAGAGGUUUAGGGGGGUAAAACCUGUUAAUUUUAUGAACGGAGCACCGGAAGUGCUUCAAAAAUGCAGUGGCACCGCUAGUGGUACCGUA